CUCUCUUUCUCACUGUCCCCCCCUCUCUCUCUCUCUCUCUCUCUCCGUCUGCGACUCCUCUCAACUGGCAUCACAGGGCACGAGCAGUAACGUUGCAAUAAGUCGAUUGCAGCUCCAGUGCCCGAUCCUGACCCCUUCAUUCUCUCAGAUACGAGAGGCGGCGUGAAAAAACAAACGGCGGCAGCAUCGCCCAAGCCGGAGGUGGAGGGAGCUGUGUUCAGCACCAUGCCUUGUCUCUGGCCGGAGCGCGGCUUCCUGUUCCAGGUGCUCGCCUCUCUCGCCUUCGCCAGUGUCCGCGCGAGAAGUGAGGGCGCAGGAGAUACUUCGCUCGGCGCCUCCAAGUUGCAUCCGUCUCACCCCAGUCACAUCUCGGCGCUGGGACGAGCCAGCCAGGACAUGGUGGCUGUGCAUAUGUUCAAACUGUAUGACAAGUACAACCGUGAGGGCAACCGGCCGAGAGACGGUAACACUGUCCGCAGCUUUAAAGCGACCGAGGAGAUCAUUGAUCAUAAAAUUCUCUACCAUUUCAAUCUGUCCUCCAUCCAAGAUUCCGAGUUGAUUUUGGCGGCGACUUUUCACAUUUUCACGCAGAAACGUUGGAGAAACAGACCCAUAUUUUGCAAACGCUCCAAAGACUCCCCGUGCCCCUUCCUCCAUCCUUACAAGGCGCACCCGGUCCACUUGACCUUCAGAAGCCGCUCCCCUACCUCACCUUUUGGGAAAUUACUGGGGAACCUGAGCGUCACGCCCCACCGCCGGGGUACUUGGUGCCUGAACGACAUUACUCACGUUGUAAAGGAAGCUAGAAGAGCAGACGGAUUAAUAGUCACCGCCCAAAUGGACUCUGCAGACAAAAUUCCCAACCCAACCCCAUCCAGCAAUCUACCCUACAUCUUGGUUUAUGCAAACGAUUUGGCCAUUUCCGAGCCCAACAGUGUGGGGCUCAGUCUGCAACGCUACGGGCCGUUCCCGCCCAGCGAGGAAGAGUCGACACAGUCUCCUAACGCCUCCCGGGACUCUCGAGUAAGAAGAGAAACCUACUUCUCCUCCCCCUCCCUCGAGAACAACGAGCUCCCCGAGGUCGAGUACCGCCAUUAUAAUAAGCACCAUCUCUGGGGCGAUACCUACCGCCCCCUCAAACCCAAGGUGCCUCGCAAGGACAGGAGGAGAAAGGACCCUAAUCACGGCGAGCAACUGGUCAGGUCGCAAGUCUUAAGCUUUGACGAGAAGACCAUGCGGAAGGCGAGGAGACGGCAGUGGAACGAGCCGAGGACUUGUUCUCGGAGGUACCUGAAAGUAGAUUUUGCCGAUAUUGGCUGGAGCGAAUGGAUUAUAUCCCCCAAGUCAUUCGACGCCUUUUAUUGCGCGGGGGCCUGUGUAUUCCCAAUGCCCAAGGUGGUUCGCCCAUCCAAUCAUGCAACGAUCCAGAGCAUUGUCAAGGCUGUUGGGAUUAUCCCCGGAAUUCCGGAGCCCUGCUGUGUACCCGACAAAAUGAAUGCUUUGAGCGUUCUCUUCUUUGAUGAGAACAAAAAUGUGGUGUUAAAGGUGUACCCUAACAUGUCAGUGGAGACCUGUGCCUGCAGAUAGAUGCACAAAGAUAUAAAACAUGAACUGCUAAAUACAGCAUGCGGUAUUGCUACAUCAUGAAUAAAAGCUGCAUUGUGUCUCUUUCAAAUUAAGAACUUGAUACCAGUUCUGUCCCCUUUCCGCCUGCAAAGAUCAACAUGCUGUUUUAUGGUGUUGAGUAGCAAAGUGUAUUUGGGGUUAACACCAAAUGUCAAUAUGUAUAGAACACAGAAAACCCAUGUAUUCUGUUUACAACACACAAAUGCAUCUAUCAUCAGAUAAAGCAGUAUUUGCUAUUCCACAAUAUUCCUUUAAUCUGAAAGUAACAGGACAGAUUGAGGUACCUAAGAUCUUCUGUGCUCUUAUAUGUAAAUUAAUAAUAAUACCAGCAAUGGCAGUCUAUUUAAAUGUAGAUUAUACUAUAUUCCUGAUCUUGGUGUAUUGUUUGUCAGUUCAAAUCUUUAUUCGUCUUUUCACUUAUUUAAUAUUUGUAUUCCUGGUAGCAAAAAAAUGUCUGUGCUUUUUUUUUAAAGAGCGAAAGCAGUUAAAUAAUUGUAGGGCAGCUGCCAGAAGCAUGUUGCUUUUUAAUCUUAAAUCCCAGCAAUUAAAGCAUUGACAUAAUUUUUUGAAAAGAGAAAGGCUAUUGAUUUUAUGAUAAUCAAAAAUUGUGAUUAUCUGCCAACUUUUUGUAAAUUGUAAAGAGAACAUUAAUUGCAAAAUAGAUCUUUUAAAUUAACCUAUAUCUGAUAUAUUACAGGCAAUGUAAAAUUAACUAAGCCCUGAAAUAUGUUACUAAUUUUAAUAUCCAAAAAAUAAAAACUAAUGAAACAUUUGAGGGGAAAUGCUGAAAAUUUAUUUAGACAAUCUUCUAUGAAGGUAUUAAAUUUUAUACAUUUUGUCUGGAUUUGUUAACAUUCUAACUUCAAUGACAAAUACAAAAUGCUUUCUGGCCAUAUGUGAUAUUCAAAAGUAAAAUAUCCACAAACAUGUUUUCAGUAAUGCAUAAGUAUGUGCCCACUGCCCAGAGCUUGCAUUUAAUAAUCUGCAGUGUAUGUUCAAAGUACUUGAGAAAUUAAAAGUGAAAUUGAUAUGAAAUUGCAUUUUGUCAGGAUGUUAUUCAACAACCUUAUUCAGUAUCCUGAAAAUGUUGCUCCUAUUAAAAUUUAUUUUUACUUCUAGGUAUUACGUGUACCCUCACUUCUAAGAUAAUGUGCAGUUGGCUAGUUUUCAGGUUCUACAAAUGUCUCUCUUCUGCUUAAUCACAAGCGUGGUUUAAGGACAACUUGGUCCAUGCUUUCCUUUUAGCUACCCCUUUUAUUUGGCUAUGAGAGAUGACUUAUGGAUACACCGUGUGAAGUCAGAGCUGCACAGUUUUAUGCGAUUUUGCUGCAUAUCUUUAAAAUGUGUGUAUUAUGGUCAUUAUAGUCUUGGUGGAAAUACAGCAUUUUUCCUAGUGUUCAUGAUUUGUUUGCAGGCAGUCAAAGUAGCAGUAUUA